AUGGCGGCGCCAGAGAUUCACGUCCAUGCACCCAUGGAGGAUGAUAAGAGAUCGGUUCUAACAACGAUCGCCGAGAGACCAUCAACUCCGUACCCAUCGCAUCCGAUUCCUCAACUUCAGGGUCCCUUUGAAGAAUCCAUUGUGGAAACGACCGAUAAUUCCGGAAAUGAUUGGGUCGUGGAGAUUGAUGCACAGACACGGAGGCGCGAUCUGUUAGAAAAUGAUGAAUAUGAACGACUCUGUGGGAGGAAAUGGCGCCAAAGAGAAUCGGAAAAAUUUCAUCCGUUUUGGAAAUUGAUCUCUCAAAUGGUGUUCGGAGUGCAUCUCCUAGCCAAGGGAUUGGCAAGAUCGGAAGUGUCGGUCAUGAAGAUCCUACAGAAUCAUGUUAAUGAAUUGGAUGGGUUUCUGGAAAGGACCACCGAGGACUUCUUGAUUGUACAGCUAGAUGUUCGCACCCGAAUCCAGUAUCUGAGUCUACCUCUGAGCAACCUGGACGUCUUCGAUGAGAUGCUUGUGGACCGAAAUUUCCGACUCUCGAUUGUCUCCUACAAUGAUCAGAUUGAACAUUCCAUUGACAGAUUUACCCGUACGAUCACUGACUCCCUCAAAGACCUACAAAAGGCCAAAGAAGCAAUGGGUGCCCUUUGGUUCUUCUUUAAGGAACUCAGCAACGAGGGCUGCUUUGCAUCCGAGAGUCUCAAGGCCUUUCAUCAAGCUAUGACAGAUAAUAUGGAGGGUUGGAUUGUCGCCAUCUCCAAGCUUCGUCGACAAGGCAGUGCUCUCCAAAAGGCGUUGAGCCAACUUGGUUUGGCAACUACGGAAAUGCAGCGACGUGUGGGGGUUGCGAGUAGAAAGGACGUGCGAUUGUUUGCGAAACAAAAUAAUAAGGCCAUGAAUCGAAGCAAGUCUGUCAGACAGAGGCUUUUUGAGAAAAGGUCGUCUACGAUCUCAGAGAAGCCGCUCCCACGCGAUCCAUUAUCCUUGAAACCAAGGACUCCAACGACUUCCAAGCAUUUCGAUAGUCCUCCAACCACAGCUAAAGAUCAACCGGACACUCCCGCACGUCGACCCAACACCAGCGAAGGAGUUCGAAAAAGGAUCCUGAAUAGAGCCAAGUCAUGCAGUGCUCUGAUAGCAGAAGCCGGCGCUGGCGCCGAGAAACCACCACCCAUUCCUUCAACACCUUCAACGCCCGGAAAGCUAAAGCGAAAGCUGUCCAAACCCUUCUUACUAAAACGGUCCGCUAGCGAAAAGCUCGACUUGAGCAAAGACCGACCCCGAACCGCACCUCAACCAUUACGACCCUCACGAAGCGUCUCUAUAGAACAACUACGAGCAUUCUGCACAACACCACGACCUCGAACCAGACAAUCAAUGGUCAAAUCGCCCACACAAGCCCGCCAAGAGGCCCACGACCAACUUACCAAUGGCCGGGAGACCAUGAAAAAUCAAAUCUCCCAAUUCCUCAAGACCGACCGUGUAGUGGAGGCCUGGGACAGUGUAUCGAAGAACGCCUCAUGCUGUGUACGCCCCCUCGCCAAGACAAAAGAAAAGUGGCCCAGCAGUAUUUUCCGCACCAAAUCAUCCACCACACUACAGAAUAAUCAGGGUGAUACGCUCUCCGGGCCGGACCUGGAAAGACAGAUGUCAUGGGUGCAAGAGACUUCCGAUGUAUUACCUACGCAUUCCUUCAAAGCCAAACCGGAAACCUCGCCCCGGAUCCAUGUUUUGUCAGUGCAGAUGACUCUCGAUGCGGAAGCUAAUGUGGCUGAGAGAGAGGCGAGUUUGGAUUUAAGAAGCGAGAGCUCUAUUACUGCGUUGCCGGCUGUGCCGGCGCCUCCCAUUCCACCGAUUACUUUGGAACAUCGAUCUACAUUGAUUGAGUUUAUUAUAUCCGUGAAACUGAAACAGAGAGAGAAGAAUACUAACUCUCAAAGCUCUAGUAAUUACUACAACGAUGACUGCAACUCAACGUGGGAUUCUUGGGGUCGAUGGGUAGCUUUCGCUGUGAUUGUCGGCGUAGCUUUCCUUCUCUUCUUCUCAUUUGCAUGCUUCAAUGCCCGUCGCCGCAGAAACCAUGGUCGGCGACCUCUGACAGGAACUGGAUGGAUGGCACCUCCCCCUGGACCUCCACCACCAAAUCAGCCUGUCUAUCAGCAACCAGGCUACGGUGACCCAUACUACCAGCAAAACGCACCUCCGCAAUACAGCGCAAACCCCCAGAACUACGGCUACUUUGGAGCGCAAAACGCACCUCCCCAACAGCAAGGAAUCGAGCUCCAGCAGCCACCACACGUGUACCAUGCCAAUAACGGAUAUACGCCUCCUGCUGGGCCGCCCCCGAAUGGUAGCAAGGUCUAG